AUGUUGACUACUACACCAGUGUUGGCGUUACCCGAGCCAGGGAAGCCUUACAUGGUGUAUACAGAUGCUUCAGGCAUUGGUCUUGGUUGUGUGCUGAUGCAGGAGGGCAGAGUGAUAGCAUAUGCUUCGAGACAGUGGCAGGGCAGUGAGCGUAACCGUCCUACACAUGACUUAGAGUUGGGAGCAGUGAUCUUCGCGUUGAAGAUUUGGAGGUCUUACUUGCUAGGUGAGACAGUACAGGUGAGCAUUAACUACCAUCCGGGCAAGGCUAACCUAGUGGCGGACGCGUUGAGUAGACGGAGGUAUGAUUCCGCAGUUGAGCGAGAUGUGGAGUCUCUAGUUGGCGAGAUCAGUACCUUGCGUUUGUGUGCCAUUUCGCAGGAGCCUUUGGGUUUAGAGGCAGUGGAUCAGGCGGAUCUACUUAGCAGGAUCAGAGUUGCUCAGCAGAGUGAUCAGAGUUUGCUGGAUGCGACGAGAGUGACUGGUUCUGAGUAUGAGGUCUCUGCGAAUGGGACUAUCUUGGUUCGUGGGCGAGUUUGUGUGCCUAAGGAUGUGGAGUUGAGACAUCAGAUUUUGGGAGAGGCUCACGCGAGCAAGUUUUCCAUUCAUCCGGGAGCGACCAAGAUGUACCAUGACCUCAAGAGGUACUAUCAUUGGGUCGGGAUGAAGAGGGAUGUAGCAGACUGGGUUGCGAAGUGCAACACUUGUGCCUUGGUGAAGGCAGAGCAUCAGGUUCCGGGUGGUCUUUUGCAGAGUUUACCCAUUCCAGAGUGGAAGUGGGACAGGAUUACGAUGGAUUUCGUGGUUGGACUACCUGUUUCGAGGACUUUCGAUGCUAUCUGGGUGAUUGUGGAUCGGUUGACUAAGUCCGCACAUUUCUUGGCCAUCAAGAAGACAGAUGGAGCUGCUGUUUUGGCUAGGAAGUUUGUGCGAGAGAUUGUGAGGCUGCAUGGAGUGCCAGCUAGUAUUGUGUCAGACCGUGAUCCCAGAUUCACUUCAGAGUUUUGGAGGGCGUUUCAGGCAGAGAUGGGCACUAAGGUGCAUUUGAGUACAGCUUAUCAUCCGCAGACAGAUGGUCAGUCAGAGAGGACUAUUCAGACUUUGGAGGAUUUGCUGAGGAUGUGUGUGUUGGAUUGGGGUGGCCAUUGGGCAGAUCACCUGAGCUUAGUUGAGUUUGCAUACAACAACAGCUUUCAGGCGAGUAUUGGCAUGGCUCCAUUUGAGGCUUUGUAUGGGAGGCCAUGUAGGACACCCCUAUGCUGGACCCAAGUGGGGGAGCGCAGCAUGUAUGGAGCUACUUAUGUUCAGGAGACGACAGAGAAGGUUCGUGUUGUGAGGCUGAACAUGAAGGAGGCUCAGGAUAGGCAGAAGAGUUAUGCAGAUAGACGCAGACGAGAGCUUGAGUUUCAGGUUGGAGAUAGAGUUUAUCUCAAGAUGGCUAUGUUGAGGGGUCCUAACAGAUCCAUAGCAGAGAACAAGCUGAGUCCGCGUUUAUGGGUCCGUUUCCAGUAG